AAGAUAUAUAUAUACACAAUGGGUAAGAAAAGAAGAGCCGCUAUCCUUCCAACCAACAUCAUUCUCCUCCAGAACGUUGUUCGUCGUGAUCCCGAAUCAUACCAUGAAGAAUUCACUCAACAAUACUCCCACUACGAGUCGCUUCGUGACUUGUACCUUUCCAACCCAUCAGACACUACCAACUCGUCCGAAUUUGCUGACUUGAUUGGGUUCGUGUCGGCCGUGUGUGGAUGUUACCCCAAGGAAACUGCUAAUUUCCCAGAUGAAUUGAAAAUGAUCCUUUUGGAAAACCACAGAGUGUUGGAUGUGGAUUUACGUGAAAAAAUCAUCCAGUGUUUGACCAUGCUUCGUAACAAAGAUGUCAUUACUGCCGAAUCGCUCAUCCAGACUUUGUUCCCGUUGUUAACCUCCGACGGUGUUCAAGUUAAACAAAUGAGAAAACAGAUUUACUCUACGCUUAUUUCCUUAUUGAAAGCCGUGAAUACGGGAGGUAAGAACCAGAAAUUGAAUAGAUCUACUCAAGCAUUGCUUUUCACAUUACUCGACCGUAAGGACUCUUAUGGGUUAUGGGCUACUAAAUUGACCAGAGAAUUGUGGAGACGUGGUGUAUGGGACGAUUCACGUACUGUGGAAAUCAUGACUCAGGCUGCUUUGCAUCCAGAUGUCAAAGUUGCUGUUGCUGGAGUUAGGUUCUUCCUCGGUGCCGAUAAGGAGCGUGAGGAGAACUUUGAUGAGUCUUCCGACGAUGAAGGGUUUGAUAUGAAUGAACUUAAACACAAGAUGCAAGUGAAUAAGAAGUCCUCCAAGCGUGGGAAGAAGUUAGAAGCAGCCGUCAAGGCCAUGAAGAAGAAGUCAAAUUCUAAACACAGCGCCACAUACUUGAACUUCUCGGCUAUCCAUCUUCUUCGUGACCCUCAGGGGUUUGCCGAACAGCUUUUCGUGACUCAUUUAAGUAACAAAAACCUGAACAAGUUUGACUUGGACCAGAAAAUCAUGUUUAUGAACUUGAUCUCGAGACUUAUCGGUACUCACAAGUUGAUCGUUCUCGGUAUCUACACAUUCUUCCUCAAAUACCUUACACCAAAGCAACGUAAUGUCACCCAGAUCAUGGCUGCUGCUGCUCAAGCCUCGCAUGAUUUGGUCCCACCAGAAUCAGUACAAGUUGUCGUAAGAAAAAUUGCCGAUGAGUUCGUCAGUGAUGGUGUAGCUGCCGAGGUCGCUUCGGCUGGUAUAAAUACUAUCAGGGAAAUCCUUGCGCGUGCACCAUUAGCAAUUGACGCACCAUUGCUUCAAGAUCUUACCGCGUACAAGGGUAGUAAGAGUAAGCCUGUGAUGAUGGCAGCCAGAUCUUUGAUUGGAUUAUAUAGAGAAGUUGCCCCUGAGAUGUUGUUGAGAAAAGACAGAGGUAAGACUGCCAGUAUGGAAUUGCAAAGUGGGGAAAAGUCAGGAUUGCCACAAUAUGGGGUUGAGAAUACUGUUACCUCUAUUCCUGGGAUUGAAUUGUUGGAAAAGUGGAGACAAGAACAAGGAUUGGAGCAAGAUGAGGAACGUGAUGACGACUGGGAAGUGGAAGAAGGUGAUGAUGCUAGUGAUGUAGAAGGAGAGUGGGUUACUGUUGAGUCCGAUAAAGAAAUCGAUAUUUCCGAUAGUGAAGAUGAAGACAAGCCAGAACCUAAGGAUGAUGAUGUUUCCGACUUGGAAUUAUCCGAUGACGAAGAAGAACAAGCAGAUAAGGAAGAAGACGAAUCAGAAGAACCACCAACCAAGAAAGCAAAGACUAACCCAAGUGAAAUGAUGUCUUCUCGUAUCUUAACUCCAGCUGAUUUCGCCAAAUUAGAAGAACUUCGUGCUGAAGCAGGUGUAUCUAAACUCAUGGGUAUAAACGAAAAUGAAGUUGAUUCAACUACAUUGGUUGGAAAGGUCAAGUACAAACAACUUCGUGAGGAAAGAAUUGCUCAUGCUAAGGAAGGUAAAGAAGAUAGAGAGAAGUUUGGAUCUAGAAAAGGUAAACGAGACACUGCCCAUCUGACAACCAAUAAAGAAAAGGCCAGAAAGAAGAACUUCGUCAUGAUGAUUCAUAAGCGGGCGGUUCAAGGUAAGCAGAAGUUAUCUUUACGUGAUCGACAAAAAGUAUUGCGUGCUCAUAUUGAUAAACAAAAGAAGAAAGGACAUUAGAUAAAUAGUAAUACACAUAGAGGAGAAAUAAUAACACAGUCUAAUCGGAAGAAGAGGCAGUAGCAAGCUUCUUUUUCUUUUCCUUCUUUUCACUCUUUUCACUCUUUUCCUUAUCAGAUUUCCGUUUCUUGGCCUUUUUUGGAGUUUCCGAUUUGGUUUCAUCGGCAUCGUGAGCGUCUUCAACAGCAGCAAGAACUGGAGUUUCCACUGGAACACUAGAUGGACCAGUACCGGCAGCAGUUAAUCCACUUUGAUACUUUUCCUUUUCAACAUUAUAAACCUUCAAUUCGUCACUAUACUUUUGCUUCCAGGUUUCCUUUUCCUUAUCACUGAUGUUAGCCCAACGUUCUUUAAUAAUUGAGUUCAUGUCAAUGGCAGACAAACUUGGUAAGCCCUUCUUCUUUCUUUCGUCGGCGAUUUCCUUACGGGUGUGGAACUGGAAUGCAAAGUACAUAGUCAAAGGCUUCUUAGGAGCGUUAGGGUCUCUUUCAACCUUCUUCUUCUUCUUUUUAGGGGCAUCCUUUUCUUCCUUGGCGGUGGUGACGGCGGCAGCAGCAAUGUCGGCAAGUUCCUUGUGGCCAUUGGCAAGAUCAGCUACUUGGCCAACGCUUUUCAAUGCCUCAUUAAUUUGCUCGUCAUCAACAUGGGCCAACUUGUAGAAAUCAACAGCGGCAGUGGCGGCUUCCUGAGCGGCCUUGGAAAGUUCAAAGAGAGAUGCAACAAGGGUGUCCUUGGCGGUUUUGAAAUCAGACAUGGUAAUAAAAUUUUUUUUGUGCACUAGUUUGUGGCAGGUGGUGGGGGUAACGGUGGUGGGUUUGUGGUAGGAGUGGUGGUAAGUUUGGUCGUUCUGGUGGGAAGGAAAAAUGUGGACAAAAAUGAAGUUUCGCGGGAAUUGGGCGAGGCUACGUCGGUAGGACAAAAAAAAACUGCGGGAAUUUUUGGGGAUUUUCGUGAUGCGAAGUUUCACAAACAAAAACAUUCGUGAUUUUGUUUUUGUUCUCAUUAUGGUACGAUCUGUUGUCGCUAAUAGUUAAAUUUUUGCGUGGGAGCCAAAAAUUUUAACCAAUGGAGUAACCCGCCUUGCAUGAACGGGAAGUAUAACCAUAUAUGAUUAUCUUAUUCAUUUGAUACUUUUUAUGUAGUAACAACAUGGUAGUGUGAUCCUCU